AUGACAUCGGAUGCCGCAAAAGAAUGGCCAAUGGACAAGGUUCGUCAGACCUUCUUUGACUUCUUUGAGAAGAAACAUGGCCACAAGUUCUGGCCGUCCAGUCCAUGUGUUCCAGUCGACGAUCCAACCUUGCUGUUCACCAACGCUGGAAUGAAUCAAUACAAGCCACUUUUCUUGGGAACUUGUGAUCCUGGUCUUCCAAUGGUACACCUCAAGCGCGCUGUCAACUCUCAAAAGUGUAUUCGUGCCGGAGGAAAGCACAAUGAUUUGGAUGAUGUUGGAAAGGAUGUUUAUCACCACACUUUUUUUGAGAUGUUGGGUAACUGGUCCUUUGGAGAUUACUUCAAGAAGGAAGCCAUUGAAAUGGCAUGGCAAUGUUUGACAGAGGAAUAUAAACUCGAUCCAAACAGAUUGUACGCAACUUACUUUGGAGGUGAUGAGCAAUCACCCAGUGAUGAAGAAGCUAGGCAAAUUUGGUUGCAAUUUUUGCCUCCGGAAAGAGUAUUGCCCUUUGAUGCCAAGGAUAACUUUUGGGAGAUGGGUGCCACAGGACCUUGCGGACCCUGUACGGAAAUUCACUAUGACAGAAUUGGAGGACGUGAUGCUUCAGCCAUGGUAAAUGCCGAUCUACCAGAUGUCAUUGAAAUCUGGAACAAUGUGUUCAUUCAAUACAACCGCGAGGCUGAUGGUUCCUUGAGACAACUUCCUGCCCAACACGUUGAUACUGGUAUGGGUUUCGAACGUCUGACUAGUAUUUUGCAAGGUGUCGACUCCAACUACGACACGGAUAUCUUCAUCCCGCUCUUUGAAGAAAUCCAAAAGGUCACUGGAGCCCGACCGUACGCUGGAAAGGUAGGAGCCGAGGAUGAGGGCUUUGUGGAUAUGGCCUACCGUGUGGUUGCUGAUCACAUUCGUACAUUGAGUUUUGCCAUUGCCGAUGGAGCCAUGCCUUCCAAUGACGGACGUGGAUACGUCCUUCGACGUGUGUUGCGUCGUGCCGUCCGAUAUGGUCGUCAAAACUUGGGAGCGGAGUUGGGAUUUUUCUCCACACUUUUGCCAAAGUUGGUUGAAGUCAUGGGAAACAUCUUCCCUGAAUUGAAGGAAAAACAAGACCUCGUUGCCGCCGUCAUUCGUGAUGAAGAAGAAUCCUUUUCCAAGACAUUGGACAGGGGUCUUCAAAAGUUCACCGAAUUGGCCGAAAAGCUUGGUGACACGAAGGUUUUCCCUGGCGAGGAUGCUCACUUCUUGUACACAACAAUGGGAUUCCCCAUCGAUUUGACUGAGCUCAUGGCCGAAGAAAAGGGAUUGACGGUUGAUAUUGCAGGAUUCGAAGCCAAGAUGAAGCACGAACAAGAGUUGAGUGCUGCCGCACACACCGCAAAGAUGGCUGCUGGAUCUGGAAAAGACAUGCGAAUGGUUGCCGAACAAACUGCUCACUUGGUCAGCAAGGGUGUUCCCGGAACUGAUGACAGCGAAAAAUAUGUAUGGGGCAAGGAGUUGAAGGGAUGCGCCGUCAAGGCUCUGUUUAUUGGAAGAGGUGAAACCGAAGACAAGAUUGGAUUUGUUGACACCAUCACGUCCGAAAGUUCGACUAUUGCAGUCAUCUUGGACAAGACUAGCUUCUACGCCGAGGCUGGAGGACAAGUAUAUGAUAUCGGUACCUUGAAAUCUGGAAGUGCCACUAUCAAGGUCACCAAUGUUCAAUCAUAUGGACAAUUUAUCCUUCACAUCGGCGAGGUUACCGAAGGAUCUCUAUCCGUGGGAGAUUCUGUUGCCUGCAGUGUCGAUUACGUUCGUCGUUCCCCCAUUGCUGCCAACCACACGAUGACACACAUCCUGAACUAUGCCUUGCAAGAGGUCUUGGUCACCAGACCUACCAAGGAUGGCAAGCCACCAAGUGUAGGCAUUGACCAAAAGGGUUCUUUCCUUGAUGAAGCUAGAUCUCGAUUUGAUUUUUCAUGGAACGGUGCCUUGUCUUCCAAGGAGUUGACCGAGAUUGAGAAGAUCUGCCAAGACACAAUCCAACUUGGUCUUCCAGUCGAAUCCUAUGUCUCUCCUUUAGAAGCUGCCAAGAAGAUUUCAUCGCUUCGUGCUGUAUUCGGUGAGAAGUACCCCGAUCCCGUCCGUGUUGUUGCCAUUGCUCCUGCCAAAAUUCCAGACAUGUUGGCCCAGCCAGAAGAUGAAAUGUGGAAGAACUACAGUGUUGAAUUUUGCGGAGGAACACACCUGAGUAACACAAAGGAAGCAGAAGCAUUCUGCUUGCUGAAUGAAGAGGGUAUCGCCAAGGGUAUCAGACGGGUUCUUUUCGUGACACAGGCUGAUGCAAAGAAGGCCAUCGCCGCUGCCGAAGGAUUUGGCACCAAACUUGCAGCUACCGAGAAGAUCGAGGAUGAUCUUGAGAACAAGGUGAAGGAGCUGUCUCUAGAAUUGGAUGCUCUUUCAAUUUCCGCUGCAAAGAAGAUCGUAUACAGAGAAGCCAUCUCUUCGCUUCAAAAGAAGGUCCUUCAAAUGAAGAAGAAGAAGCUUGCUGGUAUGACGGACGAAAUCAAGGUGAAGGCUAUCGAGGCAGGUGAGAAAACUGAGGGCAACAAGGUUGUCUUCCGAUUCGAUUUCGGUGUUGAAGGAAAGGUCGCAAAGAGCGUCACACAGGCAUUCGGAAAGAAGAUCAAGGAUAAGGCCCUUCUGCUCAUUUCUGCCGAUGAGAGUUCGGACAAGUUUUUAGUUAUGACAUUUGCUCCAAAGGGAGUGGAUGUUGAUUGCAAAGCCUGGGUAACUUCUGCAACCGAAGGUACCGGUGGAAAGGGAGGAGGCAAGAAGGACAGUGCCCAAUUCACAUGCUCUGAUGUCUCCAAGAUUGAUGGAGUGAUUCAGAAGGCAAAGCAGUUUUAA